AUGCCUGUCACCCACUUGAACUUGCCUGUCGGGCCAGUAGCCAAGUGGGAGGUCAACACCAAUGCAACACGGCUGUCAGAAUUGAAAACCGUUGCUGAGAGUUGCUUGGUUCUACAAUCGCUCAGGCAGUCUCGAGACCGAUGGCUUUCGUCCACAUUUCCUAAGUUUUCCACCAAACCUCGCGGGUCGAGAGCCCCCGGGGUGGUACCUCCUCCUCAUUCGAUCACAUUCCAGGGGAGGUGUGAUUUAGAGAUUGGCCCCCAUAUUUUCCGAGAUACGGCAUUCUUCGAGGUGCGAUAUCUUUCGCAAUUCACACCUCAGCAGUAUGUCCCCGCCUCGAACCCCAGUCAGGGCACUCCUGGCGCAUCAUCCUCUGCACAACGAGCUUCAACGCCUUUGAUAUCCUCGCUGACCUCAGAGGUCACCGUAACACCGGCUUUGGUGUCGCAAGUAAAUAGAGCAGCCGCCACCAAUCCUACCUUGGCUCAUCUAGUAUACUUGGCCGCCACCGGCCAGGCUACGCAGGAACAGGUGAAGACUCUGGGUCUUCUCAUUCAAUCUAUGGCCACAACCCGAAACAAUGCAGAUAGCGCGGCUUCAACCUCGUCUCAUCAGGGAGCUGAUGCUAUGCUUCUGUUACCCGGACCUCAGGGACUACAUCCGACCUCUUCUCAGGAUUUCGACCUUGUAAUGGAGUUCAAGGAAUUACCUAACGAAAGACUACUGUUCCCGCGUGUUCCAGUGGUGUGUACGUCACUUGCAGCGUCCUCUGAUGCGCCUUUGGGUACACGCAAUAUUGGGAUUACAACCUGUCUUCCAUUUCCGACGGCGGGAAAUCAAGGCCCUCCUCAGCUUGUCAAUUUGUGUCUUAGGAGGGCGAGCUCUGUAAUAUCAGAUCUCCUCUCACGCUGGGCUGGAGACGAAGAAAAGAUGGCUAAUAAUCAGAGAAUCUUAGAUCAGACUCCCUCCAGCGCGUUUAUGAAAGAGUCUAUCUCGCGCACAGGCUUCCCGAAGACAGAUGUGCCGUUGCUGAUGGGGGGUCGAUUUUGUCGCCAGUGCAUAGAUGCCGGUCGAGCGUCCAGUGAGGUCUCCGGCAUACAAGACGACCUGAAGUUAACCCAUUCUGGUGAGGGGAACACUAGUCAGAACGCUCAGGCACCUGGACCGCGCAAGCCGAAGCCAGGCAGGCGUACAUCCACGGCAUUCUCGUUUACUUCAUCACCACUGGCGGUGAACCCUCCAACAGUUCCCGACCACAGCGUCCCCGAACAGUAGUCGUUCCAAC